AUGACGCUGGGAAAGCGCCGGCACGAUGACGCUGGGAAAGCACCGGCACGACUCCCUGUCCACAGGGUCGAAGGACAGCAGGUGCUUCUGGGUCAGUUUGCCUCAUGGAAGAUUGAUGCAGGAGCAACAGCAGCACCAGAGCCUGCAAUGGGAGAUCCUGGGAUGGACAAAUCACAGAGCAGGACACAGAAGUCAACAGCAGAGCAGGGGACAGCAGCAGUUCAACAUGGACAUGUAAGUUUGGAAGAUUGCAGUCUGCAUGCACCAGAAGUAGCAGCAUGCAGAUCGCCAGACCAUUGA